AUGAAGGUUCAUCCACAAUUCCAGACCAAAUACGAACAGAGAGGAUUUAAGACUAAGUCUAAGCGGACUAAAGAACAAUUAGCUAAGGCGAAAUCAAAAGAUGGUCCCUUUUCUCUUCUGGCGACUAGUUUGCGACAUCAAACUACCGAGUUUUUUAAUAACUCAACCCUACAUGGAGUCCGAUAUAUUGCCGAAAAAGAUCGCCCAUUUUGCGAGAAAUUCAUGUGGUUUAGUUUUACGGCGAUCGGCACAAUUGCUACUUGUAUUAUAAUCGUGAGUUUAUGGGAGAAAUUUCAGACGAAUCCCACCAUAACAGGUUUGGAUACAGAUUUUCAUAAUUGGGACGUGCCAUUUCCUGCUGUUACAAUCUGUGACAUAGCUCCUGUAGAUGAUGACCUGCUACAGGAAUACGUGGAAAAGCUAUGGGGCGACGAGCCUCCUGAAAAUGCGACAGACAUGUUGCGUUGGUUAGCGACUCUCAGUUAUAAAACCAUUGCGAGCCAAGCAUCACAGUUUGUGAACAAUCGAAAUCUCGUUGGAGGCACUGAAUUUGACAUUCCAGAGCCCGCCUUAAAACCUAAAGAUGCAGUUUUCAGCAUUGUCCGACACUGUGACACAAUAUUUUAUGAUUGUGAAUGGAAAGGUGACUCGGAAGAAUGUUGUGACUUAUUGGUGCCAGUAUUCACAGAGAUGGGAUUUUGUUAUGCAUUUAAUUCACGACACGCCGAGAGAACGUGGCCUUGGCAAACACAAAAUGAACAAUUUUCAGAAUUGUUCAUACAUGAAACUGACGCUAAGUGGUCGUUUUUGUUCUAUUCAUUUCGAAAUGAUACCAUUAUUAAUAUUUACAUUCAUUCGACUGAAGAAAUGGCGGGAUUGGAACAAAGCGCUCAGCAUUCAUGGGAUCGUCGUGUAGAAAAAAUAUCUUUUUCUGUCAAACACACGUACACUACAGAGGACGCGAGACAAUUAUCGAUUCGACAAAGACAUUGCAUAUUCGCAGACGAACAACGUUUAGAAACUUCGAAUAUUUACACCUAUUCAGCAUGCAUGAGACAAUGUCGUAUGCAAAGGAGCCGUUCUUUCUGUAAAUGUGUUCCACACUUCUAUCCUGUGAUAAACGGCUAUAGAUACUGCACUGUAAAGGAGUUAGAGUGUAUAGCAAAAUACGCUACUGCAAUUACAGAUAUAACUCAUUGCUCUUGCGAACUUGGUUGUUCGCAUACAGUGUACGAGGUGGAAAAGCUUACUGAAAUAGACACUACUAAGGGUACGACGUCAACGUCAUUUUUGGAAACCGAAUUCGUUUCCUGGCCGAUGGUCCGAUACAAACGUGAAGUACUUUUCGGUUGGGUUGAUCUUUUAGGUAAUUAUCAUAAUAUAAGACUUGUUUAUCAAAUGUCAUUUGGAGGUAUAGCGGGCCUCUUCUUGGGUUUUUCCCUCCUCUCAGGGGUAGAGUUGAUUUAUUACUUCACAUUACGAGCGUGGUGCGCCGCCGCCAGGGAAGGGGACAUGUUAAGGAGGGAGAAGGAAGAACGAGAGAAAAGACCAAAACCACCGCACAAUUUGAGUCUAGUGCCGUGGUUCAUACGACCACCUGCACCCGUGAACGAAGGUGUCUUGAAACUACAAGUGAAAAACGUUCAGCCGCCUCAGUACUCGCCACCUCCCGGAUAUACUGAAUAUUUACCUUGA